CCCGCGCCCACGCCCACGCCCACGCCCACGCCCACACGGGCACCCGCGAGAGAGCACGCAUACAGAUACGCACACGCACACGCACAUGCACACAGGCCGGGGAGCUACACGUAGCAACUCGGAUACGGAACCGACAGACGGCUCUGCCUCUCGACUGGGCACCAAUUGCGAGAAAAAAAUAGGGGGCGAGGGAGACGGACCUAGGCUUUGCCUUUCGUCUCGACACGCACACGCACACACACACAAUAGACACACAUACCACACAUACACGCACGCACGCACGCACGCACUCACACAUACACACAUACACACACUCACACAUACACCCGUCGGGCAUCCUGGUUCCAACCUGGUCUAGUCCGGUCUGGCCUUAGCGCGAUCCCUCCUCUUGCUGCCUUCGCGUGCGUGUUCUCCUGAGGAAGAAAGCCGGCCGCGAUGUCCAUCAUCCAGCAGCACACGGCUGCCACGCUCAGCGACGCCUGGCGAACGAUCAACAUCGACGCGCUCGACCCGGACUCGUCGCAGAACUUCGACACCUCCACCCUGCACCCGCCGCUGCUCGAGGUCGGCGAGGCCGACGUCCGGCAGCUGAACGCGCAGGUCCGGCAGCUGCUUCGGGGCGGCGACGCUGAGGGCGCCCUCAGGGGCAGCCUCGAGAGCCCCGUGUACAACGGUAGCGAUGCCGCCAAGGACCAGCACCUGCAGACCGUCCUCGAGGUCCUGCAGUCCAUCAAGGCCAGCGACAUGACCCCGAUGCUGCUGCGCAUCUACGGCUCCCCGGGCGGCUCCGAGCUGCUCGACGUGCUGAUGAAGUAUCUAUACAAGGGCAUGUCCGGCGGCGCAGGCGCCGGAGGGCGGACGCCGACCCGGAACCUGACGCCGCAGCCGACCGGGUUCAGCCAGGUCGGCUCGCGCCCCGGCAUCCCCAGCGAGUCCACGGGCACGGCCAUGAGCGUGCUGCUGAGCUGGCACGAGAAGGUGGUCGACGUCACGGGCCUGGGCAGCAUAGAGCGGUGCAUGACGGACUGGCGCAAGGUGUAGAGGCGAGGGGGGAGAGAGACCGAGCAGCAGAGACCAUGUGACGCGGAGCAAGCCUCAGAAAAUGGCGUCUUGAAUUUAUUCUAUCCCGUAUCCUGUUCUUUCGAUCUGGGUAGCCUCGAAAUGUAUGCAAAUGUCUUUUUUGACUGGUAUAUAUCAGCGGUGUGUCGACGUGUCGGUAUCACAGCGGGUGUCCUGCCUCACCUCGUGUGCUCCAGCUCUAUGGCUUCCGUAAUAAUUCCCAAUUCAAUGUGUCUGUCGUAUAUUGACUAUAUGUUCGCCGUCUCGUUCUCGUGUGUUUGAUACCCAACUACUUACACAGCUGGAACGGGAUGUGAUCUUGAUCUAUUUAUUUAUUAUUUAAUCA